CAUAAUUAACUUGACGUCGUCUUGGUUAUAGCGUAACAACAUGGAUGGCUGACUAGACGGCUAAACGCGUUAGGUUUUCAUAUGUAAUUUUUUUAUCAAAAAUAAAUUAUCAUUUCGCGUGAUGACAGCUUCUCCUGCUGAAAUUAUUAACACUGGAAAGAAAAGCAAUGUGAAGACCGGAGCCUCCCAGUAUGACCCCACCAACAGACUGGCGAGGAGGUUACGUCUACUGAGUAAGACGGAGGGAAUGUCCGAGUACCAAGCGGCAUACAGAAAGUACCCAUUCCAGCGACCCCGGAACUCCGUCAGGCCGGUAUCUAACAAAAUGGAUAACGGAAAAUUGUCAUUGAUGAUGACCACCUACCAGAAGGAUUACGUAUUCCAUGAGGACAAAAAUACCUUCAAAAUGGAAAGCUUCAAGCCUUUGCAAUCUUACCGCCCUUCAAGCGCCAAGUUUUCUGACCAGACAAUUUACAGUUUGUCCUAUCAGCGCUUUGAUAAGGAUGUGGUCAAAAGUUGUCGCCCAGCCAGCGCCAAACCAAGCGAACCCCAGCGAACAAAGUAUGAGGUCACCAUUCCAGACAAACCUUCAGCUGAAGGGGAUGCAAAGAAGGCCGAGGAAGUUCCGAAAGAGAAGGAGAUUGUGUCUACAGAUGUAACCAACACAAAGCCUGAACCACAAGUCCCGGAACCAGUUGUAGAACCGCCAAAACUUGAAGCAUUUACAACAAAAAUCGCCGUACCCGGAAGGAAGAUGCAGUACGCCCCCUUCAAUGGAAUGACUACGUAUACCGCGGAUUACGUCACACACUCUUGCGUUCCUCGUCAGCCCAUCUGUAAACCCCCUACCUCAAAUAAUCACUACGAUUUAGGCCCCUUCGAUGGCAGAACUACCCAGAAUACAACUUACAAGGCGUGGCCGGUCAUCCCCAUAGAGAAACCUACCUGGGCCAUCAAACCAGAAUAUCAAAGACCUCUAGGGGGAAUGCCUUUUUCUAGCACUUACAUGGCUGAUUUUGAAAAUCCUAAGAGUCUUGUGGAAAGGAUAAUGCCAAUAAAACCCAAAACGGGGAAAGACAUUAUAAAACAUGAAGGAGGAAAUGGCGACCAGACGCCGUGCACCACCUACCAGGGGCAUUACGUGGCGUGGAAAGGCGCGCUUCCGGCCAAAACCUAUCAAAUCAAACAGCUCUAUGUACCCACCGCCGGCGAAAUGGACUGUCAGUCAAUCCAGAGGCUACAUUUCAGAGGUGUCCAGACCGAACGUCCGAAUUUGUGCCACAAAUCUUCUGAACACCGGAACUUGAAUGAUGAUAAAAGAAUGUAUUUCAACACCACUUAUCGAGAUACCUUCUUCAACCGAGCAAGGCCGAAAAGCUGUCCCGUCGGCAUUUAGAUUCAUCAUCCAGGAUAUAAUUCUAAGCCGUCUUUGAUUAAAUUUUUUGGGACAUUUUUAUUUUAUUGAAUUUUAUAGGAAAUAUUUUUUUAAUUUAUUCAUUUUUUCUACAUCUUUACCUUUGACUGUUUUGGAAGUGUUUAAAUUUUGAAAAAUAUUUGUUUUAUCAUAUUUUUAAAAAUAUACGACUCAAGAAUUAUAUACAUGUCCGUCCAUUGUAUUUU